AUGCAGAUUCUGCUCACGAGCACUUUGCUCGUGCUCGCUGCCGCUCGUGUGACACCGCCACAGAGUCAGGCAGCUCUUAUCACCGAGGCCCGCAGCUCUGCGAGCGGCCGGUCCCCACAGUUCUGGUUGCAGUCCAAGGGUGCGGCACCUCCGAAGUGCCACGAGAAGAAGGUGGUGAACUCCAAUUCUGACAAGUUCUUGGCUUGCCCGAAGGAGUGCCCCGUUUACGCCGAUGACCGUGGUGACGACACCGACUGCAACUUCGAGUGUGUGGAGGCCACCCCAAAGGCAUGCACGGCUGUCAACAAGUUCGAGCCUAUCCCAGAUCCGAAGAUGGGCAUCUGCCGUGCCUGCAUCAUCUACGGCUGCGCGGAGUGCAUGACCGACGGCACGGACACCUGCGCACGCUGCGAGAGCGGAUUUUCUCUCAAUGCCAAGGGCACCUGCGACAACAAGAACCGCUACUACUGGUACGCUCUUUUCGCCGUGCUGGGCCUUGUAGCGCUCUUCAUCGUCGCAUGGAUGGUUGACAUCUGCACGCGCCCCAUCGUCAAUGCCGAUGGCCUGAAGGGAGCUUUGGACUACCGCUCUCGUUCCAAGGUCCGCAUGCCCAAGUCGGGAGAGGCCGACGAGGGCCGUGAGCUCUGGCCCUUGGACACCAACCUCAUGAAGGAGAACGUGGCUGGUGUGGGUGUGACGCUCCACUUCAAUUUCCAGCUCUUCCUCAUCGUCUGGUCCUUGGCCAUCGCAGUGGGCUGGCUGCUCCUGGCGCUGUCCGUCGACGAUGCGCUGCUGAUCCUGGGCACCCGGCGUGCCAAGACCGCCCGACAGAACUGCAUCCUCGUGGCCUGGGGUUUCGAGACGCAGCAGCGCCUCAUGUGGACUAAGAUCGACUUCUGCGUGGCCGCCUACAUCCUUACCGUAUUGGCGUGCAUGCUCUUCGGCAUACGUCAGCUGCGUCUCUUCCAGAAGGUGGACAUGACCAACUCGACCCACAAGGAUUACGCUGCACGCAUCCGCAACCUGCCUCUCCUCGAUGGUACCACGCCUGUCGAAGAGGAGCUCAAGAAGCGCGUCGAGGACGUCACGGGCCAGAAGGUGGUCGGCGUAUCCGUGUGCUGGGAUUUCCAGGAGCAUGAGGAGGAGCUCUUGGACUUGCUCCAAAGCCAGCUGGUGGAAAGGGAGCUCGAGCUCCACCCACUGCCCAAGCGCGAGACGGAGCCCGAGGAGCCGCACAGCUUCUUUGCCCGUUUGGAGCGCUCCGCUCUCGCCGCUGACGCAGAGAAGGUUGUGGCCAAGGGGGAGAUGACUGAGGAAGAGAAGGAGCGCGCUCGCGAGGAGGCCGCGGAGGCUCAAGCAAACCCAGACGAGGAGAUCAUUGAGGAGUGCAAGGAGGUAGACGUUGUCGAGAUCUUGAAGAAGAUCAAGACUUGCCCCGAUGCUUAUGCCAUCUUCGAAACGGAGGCCAGCCGCGAUGCGGCAGUAGAAACUGCCGAGGCCUCCGGCGGCGUGGAGUUCCAUGGUAACACGCUACUCCUGAAUGCCUCCCGCGUGGAGCCGCAGACCGUCCAGUGGAAGAACUGCGCCAACACCGAUCUCGUCGUCAAGGCAAAACGCAUUGCCAUGGGCAUGUGCAUCAUGUUUGCUGGCUUGGCCCUUUGGGUGGUGGCCUUCUACCUGCCCUACGCCUGGUUCACCUUGACUUUCAACUACUCCUACGGCCAGGAGCCCGGAUUCGUGGCUGGCAUGACCUUCUCUAUGGUCGUCGUUGCGGGCAAUGCGCUGAUGUAUCUGGUGUGCAGCGAGGUGGCCGACCGCACACGCUUCAUCUACAUCGACGACCGCGAGGUUUGCUACAUGCUUCUCUACUGCUUCGCCUGCGUCUUCAACGUAGCUCUCGAUCUGAUCACCACCUACAUGGUGGCAUACCGGGUUAACGUUGGUCUCCGCAUGAAGACGUACGACGGCACCCUCCUGUCCAACUUGCAGUCCUUCUCCGACAGAUUCGAAUCCUAUGCCAUGCAGCGCACCCUGGCGAACAACCUCUAUGCCUAUGCGUUCCCUGCCACCUUCCUCAUCCCCUUCCUCAUUGAGCCCGUUGCGACCAUCUACGCGCCCUACAAGAUCAUGGUCAUGAUCAUCCGCACCCAGCCGCACAUCAAGGGCUUCAUGGCCGAGAACUUGCUGGGCGGUUUGGUCUUCGACCUCUCACGUUAUGCCGACCUGAUGCUGGAUGCAAUGAUCGCCGUGCUCAUCUUCUUCUUCCCAGGUGGCUUCAACAUUCAGAUGUUCUUGGGCAUGGCCUUGUCCCACGUGUACAUCUACGCCUUCGACCACUACCGCGUCCUUCGGUCCAUCCAGACCUGCAACUACACAGACUCACAGUCUGCAAAGGUUCAGGGUUUAGGGUCUGGAGUGCAGAAGUUGCACGACGCCCAAAAACCGUCUAAAUCUGUAGCCAGGAUGGUGACUGGUGUAGUCUAG